CCGGUGUACAAGAUAUCGUAGGCAGUAGUAGCCAGAGGCAGGUUGUCAUCGUGUCGACUGGAUGGGCUAUGUAUGUUGUGGCCCAAUAAACCAACCUCAUCCUAGUUUGGGCCUAAGUGCGAGAAGAACAAUUGGGCCUGGCCCAUUAGACAUGGGCUGAAGGAUUUGGUGGGGGUGGGGACAAGCAUCUGUGCGGAGCGUUGCAUGCAGAAGGGUGACCACUGGCAGGCACUGAGCGCCCGUGCCUGUAGUGACGCCUCCAUCACCAUUCCUCUCUCUGCCAUUUUCUGACCAAAAUCCCCCAAUUAUUAGUAUUACCCACACACUCUCCAUAUCCUUUUUCCCAGUCUUUCUUACUUUCCUAUACUCCCAUAUUUCUCUACUUUAUUUAUUAAGAAGAAAAAAAAAGAAAUAACCAUCUGAAUUUGGAGACAAAGCAAAUCGACUAAGCUAAGGUUGAGGCAAGGGAAGGUAAAGUACAGACAUUGUAAAGAAAUAUGCACAGCUUCUGCUCCAAGCCCAUUACCAAAAGACGCGCCAAUUCCCUCUCUCUCGUGUUUCCCAAUAAAGACACACACCACUUUUACUAUUUUGCCCUUACUUCCUCUCCUCUUAACAUUCUCUUCUUCUUCUUCCUUGUGAGACUAUGAUGAAUUAUAAAAUUAAAAAUUAAUAAUAAAAAAAACAAAAAAUCCCAACCCCACAACAUUUGUCGCUCUCUUCCCAUUUCGUUUCUUCUUUCUUCCUUGCUUCAUUCUUUCCAUUUUCACCUCUAUAAUGGCGAAGUCGUCGACCCCCACGACGACCUCGCUUUCCACCAUUAAACCUAAGGAUUAUGCUCAUAGUCCUGUCCAUUACGCCGUUGCUCUUGCUGAUCAUUCUGCUCUUUCGCGUAUCGUUUCAACUCUACCUCGUCUUGCUGAUCCUGCUCUUAUUCACACCGAGGCUGAUUCUCUCGCUCAGGAGCGGAUCGCUGACAAGAUCUCUGCUGUUCUCGACCGCCGUGAUGUGCCUUACCGGGAAACUCCUCUCCAUCUCGCUGUUAGGCUUAAGGAUGCUUUUGCUGCAAAAACUCUUUCCUCUGCUGGGGCUGAUAUUUCUCUCCAGAAUUCCGCUGGUUGGAACCCUCUGCAGGAGGCUAUGUGUCGCCGGAGUUCUGACAUUGCGCUCAUUCUACUCCAGGUUCACCACCGCGCUGCAUGGUCUAAGUGGCGCCGACGAUUGCCGCGGGUUAUUGCUGUUCUUCGUCGAAUGCGAGAUUUCUACAUGGAAAUUUCGUUUCACUUUGAGAGCUCUGUAAUUCCGUUUGUUGGGAAAAUUGCUCCAUCGGAUACUUAUAGAAUCUGGAAGCGUGAUGGUAAUCUCCGAGCGGAUACGUCGUUGGCUGGAUUUGAUGGCUUGAAGAUCCAGCGCGCAGAUCAGAGUUUUCUCUUUCUCGGAGAUGGUGAUCAGAGUCACGACAUUCCCUCUGGUUCUCUGCUUGUGAUCAACCGUGACGACCGCAAAAUCUUCGACGCGUUCGAGAACGCGGGGGCUCCGAUGAGUGAGUCUGACAUUGCGGGAUUCUGCUCUCAGACGAGCGUUUACCGGCCUGGAAUGGACGUCACGAAAGCAGAACUCGUCGGAAGAACUAACUGGAGAAGACAAGAGAAAACCGAAAGCGUUGGAGAAUGGAAAGCCAAAGUUUACGAAGUACAUAACGUAGUGUUCAGCUUCCGAUCGCGAAAAGUAGCCGGUGGCGAAGGUGACGUGGCAGGUAGUGAGCAGGUCCUCCCGCUGGAACUCGACGAAGACGACGACGGAUUCUUAGUAGCGGAAAACCCUAGUUUCGCGCUGCCUGACAGGAACAGCACUGACCGGCGAAGACACAGUAGCUUUGUUCCUGAAGAGAGGGAAUGGGUAAUGAUGCCGAGGAAAAGCGUAGACAUACCGUCGGCGACAGCGCCACCCCCAAGGAAGGUCGGGAGGCCGAAUUUUACGGCGGUUCCAGUUGAGCCGCCGCAGACCAAGGAAAAGGAGUACGUGAGAAGCUUACGUCCAUCGGUGUGGUUAACGGAGCAGUUUCCGUUGAAGACGGAAGAGCUUCUUCCUUUACUCGACAUUUUGGCGAACAAAGUGAAGGCGGUGAGAAGGAUGAGGGAGCUGCUCACCACCAAGUUCCCGCCGGGAACUUUUCCGGUCAAGGUGGCUAUUCCGGUGGUGCCAACUGUGAGAGUGGUGAUAACAUUCACCAAAUUUGUGGACCUUCAACCGACGGAACAAUUUUACACACCAUUCUCUAGUCCAAGGCAACUAGUCAACAGUGGAGGAGAUGAUCCAUCUGAAUCACACUGUUCAUCUUUGCCGUCUUGUUCUUCAUCUUCAUCGACAUCGACAUCGACGUGGCUGAAGCGAAGCACCAGCCACUCAGCUGUUGGAUCGACAGCUAAACAAAAUUAUCGUUGUUUAUGGUCGGCGGCUCAAGAUGAAAUAGAUCCAUUUGCCAUUCCAAAUGGUUAUACGUGGGCGAGGUCCGAUGACAAAUCAAGCAAACUGAAAAAGUCAAAAUCCACAAGGAAAUCGAAAUGAUUGUAUGCUGGGAGAGAUGAAAUGAUGACGAAUGAUGAGAAAUGAAAUGGAAUUAAUUUAAUUAGUUUAAUGGAUUUGCUUGUGCUUUGAAUUCACAGAUACGAUGUAGAUAACCCGUCUAAUUAUAUAACUCACUUGUCCUUUCCA